AUGGUGAAGUCUGCGGCCGAAUCAUGCUAUGGGGAGUGGUUGAGAUCGGGUCCGCUGGAAAGGCUUAGGCUUAGACCAACCCUGGAUGCCAAUGCAAGUCUCUGGCCUCGAACUGAACGCAGAGCUGUGGCGAUGUUGCUACAGGCCAUUCCUAGUGCUAUCCGAGAUGACCUGGUGUCGUCAAGAAGGAUGACUUCAGAACAGAUCAUCUUCAAAUUGAUGGUCGUUUACCAGCCUGGUGGGGCAGGUGAGCGCACCAAACUCCUUCAGGCCAUCACUGGUGGUAUGUUUGGAGAAACCAUGACCGAAGUGUUGGAAGGUAUCCGACACUGGAGAAGAAACGUGAACCGAGCCUCUGAACUGGGGGUGACUCUGCCUGAUGCGUUGGUUUUGGUUGGAGCUCUGCAGCGGGCUUCGGACUUUUUGAGCCAGAAGUCACCACAGGUGGCAUAUCGUUUGAACAUGAUACGCCAACAACUCAAUGUGGAUCACCAACCCACAAAGGACACGGUCAUGUCGUACUCAGAACACCUCCAAGCGGAGGCCGAAGAGAUGAAUGUGAAUUCUCAAGGCCUGGGACUGGGCCAACCUACCUCAAAGAGUGGGGGCGGGAAGGUCAACGUUAAGUCGUUGAAUGGACCAAGCCCGGGCGCUCCAGCAAACAAAGCUCAGCAUGAUGGUGCUGACCAAGGCGACAAGGCUGGGAAACCAGCUGGGGGGUCAGGCAUCACAGCGGCUAAUGCGGGAUCAGUUACGUCGUCAAUGGCGUGCAAAUUUUGGGGCACUGAGAACGGCUGCCGCAAGGCGGACCAAUGUCGGUAUGUUCACUCGGUCUUGAAUCCGAAGGACAACCGCUGUUUCAAGUGUUCCGCUGUGGGGCAUUCUAAGAAGGAUUGCCCGGUGGGGAAAAAGAAGAUUGCCAAGACAAAGGUGGAAAAGGAUCAUGCCAGUAGUUCUGCAUCCGCUGCCAAGGGCGGUGCGGAAACUGCAGUGAAGGCUGAGCCAAGUCGUCACACCACGUACCGUGAAGAAGGUACUCCGACCAAACCGUUGGAAGACAAGGAGGGUGUGGACGAUAUGGUGCAGGAUUGCAAAUCCGUUUUGAAGGUGAUCGUGCCGGUCAUGAAGACCAUCUGUGCCAAGGGGGCCUUGUGUAAGGCUGCCAGCGAGAUGAUUGAGACCGGUCUCCUGGAUGGUGGGGCUACCAACCCGUUGAGAAAGGGGUCCAAGGAAGAGAUCGAAGCGGCAACAUUGGUUGACGUGGAGCUGGCAACUGGAUCUGUCCAGUUGUACCAGAACAUGUCUACCGGAGUGCUGCUUUCGCCCACCGAAGUGGAACCGAUUGUUCCGCUACGGGGUGUUGUGGCGUUGGGCUACAAAAUCCGAUGGGAUUCGCGGGGGCAAUCUGCUCGAGAGUGGCAAAAGGGAUGGCCUCCUGGAAUCGAAAUACUCACGGUCGAUACGGCCGACAGUGAUCAACAGAAUCUUCACCGACCAGAGGUUUGGGCCUUUCUCGCACAUGUGGUGCGAACUCACCCAAUCGUGGCAAUCAUUGGCGGCCCUCCAUGUCGGACAGUGAAUGGCUUACGAGCCCUUCAGUCUGGACCGCGACCACUGAGAGAUCGGUGUGAGCACAGGUUCGGACUCCCAGGGCUGAGUGACCAAGAACAACACAAGGUGGAUGGAGACAGUGCUCUUCUGCUAAAACAGGUUGGGUUACACCGGCUGGCCGAGGAAUCCAAAACGGAUGACAAUCCGAGGGUGGGAUUCUUUUUGGAGUCGCCGGAAGACCCUGCCGUGUGGGCAAAUGAAGCGAAUUCUCCAACCUUUUGGGUAUGGCCGGAAGUCACUCAACUCCUAGAACAACCUGACAUGCGGUUGAUAUCGUUUGAUCAGGGUCGGUACGGACAUGAGAGGGUGAAACCAACCUCUUGCUUGUCCAAUCUUCCGCUUUUGGAGGAUCUGGAUCAAGCGCGCUGUGAAAGACCGCAUGGAAAGGUCUUGCAUCCAGAAAUUCCAGAGAGGGUCAAACAGACCGAUGACUGGUCUGCAUGGGCCCCAGGACUCAAACACGCCCUGAGGGUGUCUCUGAACCUGUUGAUCCACCAAUGUGGAUUAGCGGAUCACCAACCUCCGCUCCAAGAGCCGCCCACGGAAGUGGUGGAAGCGCCAGAUUGGGGGGAGGGUUUGGAGGAACCUGAGUUCCCAUUGGAGGGAGAAGAAGAAUCUGGGUCACCAGAGCUCGGCGACGAAGUUGCAAAGGCGUUCCCUGAUCCAGCCAAUGCUCCGGGGGCUGACCCUGAAAAUGGGGGGGAGGCAUCCCCUGAGAAGACAGGUGACUGGGUUGAUGAGGAGAUCAGCAAGUGCAGCCGACCUCUGCUUUACCUGCGGAAUGCUGGGUUUACAAACGAUGAGUGGCCCACCGCUCUCCGGUACUCAGCCGAAGAGAGAAUGAGGGUCCAAUUGAGUGCCCUGGGCGUCACCAUGAUGCCCAUGCUUCCGUAUGGUGCCUCUGCGGUUGUGAAAAGGAAACGAUGGCAUUCCCCUGGAGUACUUGCUCCUCCGUAUGUCAAUGCCACGCUUCUGACUGCUAGCCCCAAUAUGAGUCAAGGUUGGGUCGUGCGGUCGGAAGCUGGGCAGGUGCUCCAUGUAAGAGAGGCCAUUUUGCCUGCAUCCCUGGGAGAGCAGGUUGCCAUGGAACUGCGGGAAGAAUCGGCUGAUUUUCCGCAACUGGAAGAACGAGAUGACAAUGGAGCGGUAGCGGCACCUUCACGACGAAGGCUCGUGGGCAAACAGCCGCCGUCCAGUCGGUCAGGGAUCGCUUUGCCAGACCGCGAAGCUUAUGGUCCUGUUCAACAGUUUGUUGUAGACUCAACCGUCAACAGGGAUGACUUUGAACAAACGGGGGAGGCACCAGCGCAAUUAGGCUUCUUACCAGCCGAGUUGCCAGCGGAUGCGCCUUACUCUCCUAGUUUGGGCCCUGAAGACACUGCAGACCUCGAGCUCCCGGAGGUUGCCUCUGGGGGGAGGGUCUCGGCACUCGAGCUUCCGGAGGUUGCCUCCGGGGGGGAGUCUCUUUCGGCGCUGAAUGUGCCUGACUUGGGAAAAAUUAUAGUGAGAAAAAUCCGCAAGGAACAAGCGGAAGGGGUUCUGUUGGGAAGCCACAAUCGGCUUCUGAUGGGUUUGAGUGAAGCAUUGAGACGGGUCCCAACGAGUGAACAGGAGGGACUGGAAUACGGAAAACAGCUCCGUUACAUGCUUCAAGAUCGCCUGGAGCUGGAAGAAAUGCUCCAAGUGUUGUCAAAAUUGCAAAAGGAUGAACCACUAAGGAACACUGAGGUCGGUGACCGAGAGCCUGAGAACCAAGACUUCUUGCCUGAUGUGGUCGCUGGUGCCGAGUUGGAAUGGCGCGAGACGGAGACCGCUGACGAGCUCAAGGUGAAGGCCGCUACGGUAGUUUCUUCCUUGAAAAAAUGGGUCAAUGUGCCCAUCGUAGGUGAGGUGACCGAAAAGGUCAAGGCUUUUGUAGCUGUGGUUUUCACUUUGGUGGUGAUGUCAUUGGUUGUACGGCUGAAGAGAUUGGAGAAUCCGGGCUGCCCCGGGUCGUUCAGAGCUUGCGCAUUGCGUUUGGGCGACGCCAUGGCAAGCACGACUGGUGGUGGAGUUGGAGGAGAUGAACCUGACGAAGAUCGGCCGGACAAGUCCUGGGUGAAGGGCGACUAUGAGCCGGAGCCUUCGAAGAAGAAAAAAAAGAAGAAGAAGAAGGGCAAGGGGCACCGACAUGAAGGUGAAGGGGAAACUGCGGAGGACCAGUUGGAGUCCUUCAAGAGAGCCAAGAGAGCCAAAAAGGAGGAGCCAACCCCCGUCGCAGUACCUGCUGAGACCCGCUCCGAACCUUCGGCAGACACCGAAGAUGACUGGGGAAAGUGGAGAGGAAAUAGAAGGGACCAAGAGCCAACUGAAGCGCCUGAAGCUCCGGAAGCUGCUCCAGGAACGACUUCUUCAACGGCGGGCUCUACGGCAACAGCUGCUGGGCCGACAACAGAUGUUGGACCGACUACGGAUGCUGGCCCGACGACAGAUGUUGGACCGACUACGGACGCUGGGCCGACAACAGAUGACGGACCUUCGAGCUCUAGAACCUGA